CCAAUAAAUGCGAAGAAGAAGAAGUGUUUUCCAGCAGAAUCCAGCGUUGUCACAGUGCCAUAACUCGGUACUAACUAAAGUCUAAUGGCCGGCAGCAGACUCGAGAGGUUCGGAACUGUAUUCACGCGGAUUCGAGAUCUGAUGCGCUCUGGAGUCAUACAGCCUGCAGAGAAACCCAUCUGGUACGAUGUAUACAAGGCUUUUCCACCAAAAAGGGACCCACUUCAUGUGAAGCAACAUACCAGAGCCUGCACCCAGAAACAGGAGACUGUGCCUGAAAUAUUCUACAGAGAGGAUGAAGUUCGAGCGAAGUUCUAUGACCACUAUGGGACGGGUCCUCGGCCUCUUGAUCUAUUCAAAUCAAACUUUGUUUCUACAAGUCAGAGGUUUGCAGACAAGUAUGCAGAGUUAAAGAGCCAGAGCAGGUUGGAUGACUCUGCCCUGUUUGAGGAGACUGUGAAAGCUUUACUCACAGAGAAGAUAGUGCUGAGAAGGAGAGGAGCUCCAGUGGUGUCAGCAGAGUCCAGGGAUCCAGUGCUCAAGCUGAAGUUAACAGACAUGUUGACAGAGCAGCAGUCAGUCUGUGUUGACAGCAAGGGGACAACGGAACACACCACACCAUAGAACUCAUUAGCUUCUCUGCUGUUUCACCAGCUUUUAGAAGCUGUAGUUCUAUUUUUGCUCCUCCUAUGAAGUUGACGGUCAUCUGUGGAAAACUGCUUCAUUUCAACCACCAAGUCAUGACAUGCCUGUAAGGGGUCUCUUCAGGAUCUGCCCUGUGGACUGUUUGCAUGCCAGCUUCAGGUUACCUAAACUUAUGUCACUUAGAUGUAAAUGACCACAGUGCACUGCACCAACACCAUAAUGUUUUCAUUAAAUGAUCAAAAGUGCAACAAACCCUGAGUCCUCAUUAUAAUGGCGAAGUAUGUAACUGUGUGGAAAUGAAAUUUGAAAUUAAAGAGGAAUUUCACCACUGGAAA